AUGGGCAUUGACUCACCGCAACUCAAGAAACGCAGGAUGUCUGUGUCCGAUAGCGCCGAUGGCGACGCGUCUGUUCCCUCAUUGCAGUUACUAGUUAAGAGACUCUCUGACAAGGCCAGGAUUCCUACUAGAGGGUCGAGUUUAGCUGCGGGGUAUGAUUUAUACAGCGCAGAGAAAAAAGUGAUUCCGGCGCACGGUAAGGCACUGGUUGACACUCAGCUUUCCAUUGCUGUUCCUGUGGGCACUUAUGGGCGAGUUGCACCUCGCAGCGGUCUCGCAUCGAAAUUCAUGAUCGAUACGGGUGCUGGUGUCAUCGAUGCGGACUACAGAGGUGUCGUCUUUGUUCUUCUUUUCAAUCUCUCAGACAAAGAUUUCCAAGUCGAAGAAGGCGACCGGAUAGCUCAACUGAUCAUCGAGCGCAUUUAUACGCCUGAGGUUAUGGAAGUGAACGACCUCGAUGAAACAUUACGUGGAGCAGGUGGGUUCGGUUCUACAGGUGGGCACGGCUCGCUGUAA